AUGAGAUGGUUGCCGACGCUUCUUCUGAUUGUCGCCGUCGCGUUCCAGCGAAUUUGCGCCGAUCGGGUCCUCGUUUUAGGGGAAACUGUAGCCGUGAAAGACACGCACUCAGUUUUCCUCAAUUCUGUCAAAGGUUUGUAAUUUGGACAUUAUCACCGCAAUAAGUAUCGACUUUCUUCUUCAGAACGAGGCCAUGAUUUGACGGUUCGUGCUGCCGAUGACUCGCAACUCGCUCUCUUCAAACACGGACAAUUGAUCUUCGACCAUCUCUACAUUCUUGCUCCAGGAGUCCAAGUCUUCGGAGGAUCUCUUUCUCCUGCUGAAAUUGCGAAGUUCGUUGAUGCUGGAGGUAAUGUGCUUGUUGCCGCCGGCUCCAACAUCGGUGAUGCCCUCCGCGAGCUUGCCGUUGAGCACGGUUUCGAGUUUGAUUUGGCCGGAACUGCCGUUGUGGAUCAUCAUAACUUUGACCAAACUCUGGAUUCGGGAGAUCACACGACUAUUGUCAUCAACAAAAAUCAGCUCAUUGGCUCCGAACUGAUUGUCGGAAAGCCGACCAAUCCAUCUGUGUUCAGAGGAGUCGGAUUGGUUGUUGGAAAGUCGAACAAUCUCGCCUUGAACAUUGCGAAAGCGGACGGAACAGCAUAUUCUUAUGAUCCGAAGGCUACGCGUGUUGUCGUAAGUACAAAAACAACCUUCUUUCUAAGGAAAUGUAUUUUUCAGAACCCCGCAAUUGCUGGAUCCCGCACUGUUUUGAUUGCUGGUCUCCAGACUCGUAACAACGCCAGAAUCGUUUUCUCCGGAAGUGUCGACUUUUUCUCCAAUGAGUUCUUCGCUGCUAAACUCAAGCCUUCGAAUCCAGUGUACAAAUCAGAAGUGAAGGCUUCUGGAAAUGCCGAUCUCGCUGCCUCUAUCUCGAAAUGGGUGAUGAAGGAGAGCGGAGUGCUCCGUGUUAAAUCAGUGAACCAUCACAAAAAGGGAGAAGCUGUUCCGCCAGCGGAAGACUAUUUCAUAACUGAAGACGUUGUUUACACUAUCGACGUCGAAGAGCUGAAGGACGGAAAGUGGGUGCCAUUCCAAGGAAAGGAUGUGCAGCUCGAAUUCGUUCGCAUCGAUCCCUUCGUCAGAGUUACUCUCAAUAACAAGAACGGACGCCUAUCGACCGCCUUCAAGUUGCCCGACGUUCUGGGAGUCUUUAAAUUCCUCGUCGAUUACAGAAGAAUCGGAUACACUCAUCUCUAUGAUGUUCAGCAGGUUUGUCCCGAACCCCAGCCCCCGCCGUUUUAAUUCUUCCUUUUCAGGUGUCGGUGCGUCCUCUGUGGCACACUCAGUACGAGAGGUUCAUCCGCUCCGCCUAUCCGUACUACGCUUCCUCGUUCUCGAUGAUGGUCGGCCUCGUUCUCUUCUCCGUCGUUUAUCUCUACCAUAAAGACACUCCAGUCAAGGGAGCCAAGGUGCUGGAUUCGGAAAAGAAGAAGAACUGA